CUUGGUUUCGACGUCUAUAGAGAUUGACCAGUGACGAGUUAUAGGGUUUAUCAGAGGCCGUAAUCUCUCGAUUAUCCAAUCUCUGCUUCAAAUUAUCUCCCGAUGGCCGCCUCCGCCGUCGCCAGAUCGAUGCUUCGAGCUGCAUCGUCUCGGGGAGGCGCCGCUGCUUCCACAGGCCGGUUCGCCUCUCAAGCGAAAUCAGUUCCGCCGAUGUUUAGAGCCACCGCUAGAAGAAGCUCACUGCUUUCACCUCUCCGAAAUCCUGUGGAGAUGAGCUUCUGUGUUGAGUCAAUGUUACCAUACCACACUGCCACAGCUUCUGCGCUAAUGACUUCAAUGCUUUCUAUCUCUGGACAUACCUAUGGCUGGCUCUCUGACGGCUGACUGAAGAAUUUUACCAAGACAAUGAAGCCAAAGAGAUCUUGCAUUGAUGAUGUGUGAUGAGUUAGCCAGAAGAGAUCACUGAAGCUACCAGUUUAUGUACAAAACUCUACCUUUUCCCCCAAAAAACUUAGGAACUAUUAGACCCCUCUUGAUUUUCUCCCCUAUUUUGGCUCUCACUUUCUUGGAGAGAUUGUGUUUCUUUUUUACCCUUUUAAGACGUGUUGUAUUUCAUUAGACUGGUAACUCAUGUUUCGUAUAAUUUUAUCAGCUUGCAAAGAGGACUUUUGAUGAAGUCUACAACUUACCCAAAUGCGAAUCCCAGAGACGGUUUUAAGAGAGUUUAGGCAAAUAAUAAUUGUUGUACUUUUCAAACAGAAAUGGUCUCUCUGUCUUUGAAUUUUCCAUAUGAAAGACAGAUCUUCAAUCUUUUAAAUCAGCUCUCUAUCAUCUCUGUUAUAUCAACACUUCAACCCAGUUUAAAUUGCAUCUCUGUUAUUAAAGAA